CACUGUCGCACAUAAGUACAGAAGGGUCUUUCAGUGUGAAUUAAAAUACAGACUGAUACACCCACAGUUUUUUCUGUGCAAUGAUAGUGAGUCAACAUGGAGUUCACAAGGCUAUACAUGCCCAUGGAAUGGGAGGAACGAUGGAGGAGAGAAAAAGAGAGAAGGAAAAAGGCAAUGGAAGAAGGUGGAGAGAGGUUUGAGGAGGAAAAUAGGAAGCUACGGUGGAUUAAAGCUUUCAAUGACAGAAGAAUGGGCCUGAAAGGAAAGGAAGAGACAGAAAACAUGAGGAAUGAGAAGGAGGAGAUGGAGCGUGUAGAGAAUACCAAAGGAGGGGCAUGGAAGUGCGGCACACCUAUUUACCCAAGGGAGAUCUUCCGCACUCUUCAGAAACUGAGGCAGUGUUCCUUACUCACUGACCUAAUCUUGAGUGUUGACAGUGGUCUUAGUUUCCAGGCUCACUUCCUUGUUAUGGCUGCAGUAAGCUCUGUCCUCCAGCAGAAACUUCAGGAGAGGGAUAUGGAGAAACCAAAAGAGAUGUUUUUGUGUUUGGUCCCAGAAGUCUCUGGUUUGGGUCUGUCUGCUGUGCUGGAGUUUGCUUACACUGGGACCAUUACUGGUCUGACCAGAGAGUCUUUGGCUGAGAUUCAGACAGCUGCUCUUUGCCUGGGAGUUCCCAGGGUCCUGGAGCUCUGUAAAGAAGAAGAGGAGAGGAAGCAAAAACAAGAGGGAGAGCAGAAGAUGGAGGAUAAGAGGAAGACUUCUGCUGAAGAGCAAAUGAAGGUCAGUCUGGAGUCCAUCAAGCAGCUGUGGAAAGACAAAAUAGGUUGUGAUGUGGAGCUGGAAGCUGAAGGAAGAAUUUUUCAUGCACAUAGGGUGUUACUGAGUGUCAGCAGUGACUACUUCCAAGCCAUGUUCAGCUGUGAUAUGAGGGAGAGACAGCAAGCCUCAGUGUCCCUGCUACUGCUGGGAGCCCCUGAGCUGGAUGGUCUCCUGCAUUGCUGCUACAGUGGAGAUCUUCUUCUCGACUGGGGCUGUGUGUUUGAGUUCACCUGCACGGCCCUUCAGCUUCAGUUCCAAGCUGCCCUCUCGCUCUGCCUUCAGUUCCUAGAGCAGCAGAUGGACAUCCAUAACUGUCUGGAUGUGGUCGCGUUCGCCGAAGCUUACAUGAUAGGUGACUUGUUGGAGAAGGCCGAAGACUUCAUUCUCAUCCACUUCCAUGAGGUGGCGGCAACUCAGAAAUUCCUCGACCUGUCGGCCAACAAACUCAUGGGGCUGCUGCAUCGUGACGACCUGUGCACCCCAUCCGAGCUGGCCGUCUUCCAGGCCGUGGUGGCUUGGAUUGAGGCUGACCCAGCUGCCAGGAUGCCUCUUGCCUGCCAGCUCAUGGCAGGUGUACGCUUCCCACUCAUGACCUUCCGUGAGUUCUGCGAGGUGCGAGCCAUUGACUUGCAUAUGGAGUGUGUGGUAGACGACGGGGCAGAGCUGUACAGAUCAGCACUCAGAGAGUUCGGGUUCGGAGGGGCCGAAGGUUCUGAGGUACAGCAUCGCGUGCGCCGACCCAAAGAUGCCCUUGUCGUCGUGGGGGGUGACCAGCUAAACCUGGACAAUGGGCGGCGAUUGCCAAGCAGACAGCUGUGGUUUGCUAACUCUCUGCGCAGUGGCAUGGGGCUGGUGAAGGAGAUAGAAUGGAGGAUGCUGGGAGAAAUGCCAGAGCACGCCAGAUUCAGACAUGGAGUGGGUGUCCUUGAUGGAAAGCUUUAUGUGGCGGGAGGCUGUCACUAUUACAGCAAGGCAGACACAAUGAAAUCUGCUUACAGGUAUAACCCUUUUAAAAACUCAUGGGAGAAACUGCCAGAUAUGCAUGAGUACAGAAGUAACUUUAUGGUGGUGGUGAGAGGGGACAGCCUGUAUGCUAUAGGAGGAGACAGAAACCUCAACACCAAUCUGGACAGUGUGGAAAAAUACUCCCCAGAUACAAACACCUGGAGUUUCGAACACCCACUGGACCAGCCUCUGAGUGGACAUGCAGCUAGUAUCUGGAGAGGUGAGAUUUUCAUCUCGGGAGGUUUUAACUGUAGCUAUGAGUGCCUGGUCUCCAUGCUGGUCUACCAUCCAGAACAAGGCACAACAUACCUGGCGGACAUGACCCAUGACCGGGCCCAGCACUGUAUGGAGACCCUGGCUGACCGCAUCUGGGUGGCCGGAGGAGUGUGCAACCUGCGAAAGUUCUACACUGAUCAGCUAGCCUGCGAAAGCUACGACCCUAUAGGUGACUCAUGGACUGCAUUCAGCCCUCUCACUCUCUCCCAUGUUGGAGCAGCCUCUGUUGUCCUGGAGGGGAAGAUAUACAUUCUGGGCGGUUAUUGCCAGGAGGAUUAUAGUGAGGCUAGGUUGGUGCAUCGCUACGAUCCUGGCACUCAGCGCUGGGAAAAUAUGGGCAAAAUGGCAGGCCCCAUUACAGACAUAAGGGCUUGCUUGCUCCAUUUACCCGCUGAACUGAGACAGUAGAAAGGGCUGAAUGGUUAAGGGUUUUCAUAUUAGUCAAUGUGCCAUUAAGUUAUAGUUAAAGUAUAGUUGUAGCUAAACUGGGUUUAGUGCAAUCAAAAAUGAGUGUAACUAAGUCAUGAGACAAGCAAUUUAUGCAAAUUGUGUGGUGCAUAAUGUAGAAUUCUGGUGUUAAUAAUUGUAAUUUUGAUACAGUUAAAUGAAUUAAAAUACACAUAAACUAAUAUAGUAACUAUUAACUGAAGGAAUAAUAUUUGUAAAUAUCACUUAUAAUGUACUGUAAAGUUUUUUGUGUUGUUGUUUAGUUCACUAUGACAUGGACUUAUGUGUCUGGUUUGCAAAUUACACGGAGUGCUGUAGAAAAUGUAAAUGUUGGUUUUUUGUUUUUUUUUUCUCUAGAACAUAUUUUUAAAGCCUCAAACUGCAUAUAAAUUAAUUUAAAUUUUAUUUAAAGUACAUUUUAUUAGGUUUUUUAUUAGGUUUUUAUUUUUAAGUAAAACCUAACAUAUUUAAUAUCACAAACCUUCUUUAAAAUACACACAUUAGUUUGUUGCCUGUCUUAACCUGGAACGUUACAUGAUCUUCAAUUAGAAAUUUUCUGUGGAAUAAAUGUGUGAUGUGAGAAUAUGUUAAAGAUCUAACACUAAACUCACAAAUGCCAACUGCUGUGUUAGACUAAGCAUAGGAGCAUCUAAACUUCUAAAUUUCAACCACUUACUACUUAUCUCAUCAAGCUCUCCUGAUAGAGCAGGUAGAGCAAGGCACUUGCAACUGCAUCAUGGGUUUGAUUACCAAAGAGAACAUCUACUGAAAAAAUGUGUAAGUUGCUCUGAAUAUCUUCUAAAUGCUGUAAAUAUAUAUGCAUACUUUAUUUUUAUCAGGACAACAAAUAUAAAUCAAACAUAGCAAAAGAAUAAAAAAAUCAAUGUUCAUCAGAUUAACAAAAGUGUUCAAUAUAAUAAACUGAAAGAUAUUCAAAAUAUA